UCUACCACAGAAUAUCUCAGAUUCAUAACGGUUACGUCAAAGAGUCAUGUAUCAUAAACAAACUGUCGCCUAUUCCUACAUCAAAACAAAAAUUAGUUAAAAUUAUCAAAUCGAAACUAGUUUAUAAUUUAGAAAAUGUUGAACAGAAAUUCCGGAUUUUGGUUGUUUUGCUUAACAAACAGCAAAACUAGAAAAGUAUUUUGGAUACAAUUUUCAUCAAAGAGAUCCCGUUAAGAAGAAAAUCCGAGUCAGCAUCAGCGUUGAGCGCAUGCGUUACAAACAGGUAGUAUGACGGAAAGAAACAGUGUUACGCAUUCAUUUAAAUCCCUUCUCUUCCACUAACAAUAUUUUACGAUCCAAAGAUUAAACGCGUUUUAUAUGAGAAUUAAACUAAUGCAUGAACUGAUCUCCUUUUGGUUUGUUUUUUGCGACUGUUUUAUGAUGAAAAGACGGGACACGUCAUGUGAUAUUCUUCUACUUUUGGUUCAAUACUUUAACUGUUUUGAAAGGGAUCUUAUUAUUAGCAAAUGGACACGGUUGUCUCAGGUUCUUAUAUUUACGCCAUUAAAUGAUGAUAUGUGCUUUUGACUAAUGCAACAAAUACAUCAUUGGUCACCACCAAGAUUUCCAAUUUAACCAAAUUGCAACAUUAAUCACAUUAACAACAAAAAGCAGCCAGAAAUUGGAACGAAAGCGACUUUUACAUCUCAAUAUUACAUGUUCUUUGAGCAACAGUUAAUCUGCCAAGGAAUGGGACAAUUGCCUACAGAAGCAGCAAAGGAAAUUUAUGGAUGCCUCAUCGCCAUUUUCAGCCAUCACAUCGAAAAACUACGACGAUUCUUCCACGGCAAUACUAGCUUCAAAGAAUUGACCGGAUAUCUAUUUGCAUUUGCAUAUGUCAGUGAUGAAAAAUUCAGCGACGAAACGUGAUUAGAAACCUUAACGAGAAAGAUCCUGUUUAUACUUAGAGAUAGAAGCUAGACAACAAAAAGAGCAGAAUUCAAUUACAAGACAGUCUUAUUGGUCUGUUGUCAAGAACAGGUGCAGGUUGUGCAAGAAAGCGGUGUAGCGACGGGAUACACAAGAUCCACGAGGCAUACUUAAAGCACGCAUAACAUUGACUUAACUUAUAGGAUUAGAUGAUAGUGAUUGCUUGUCUUGGAACAGAGAGAGUUCAGUGCAAAAUCGUUUCAUAGCGGCAGCUGUAACGAUCAAGCGACAGACUAAGAUGCAGAUUAUAGACAAGUGAUAUCACACGAGAAACGCAGAUAUUGACCAAGUGUCAUAAGGGGAAAGUGUGGGACGGCAGGUCAAAUCAUUCGCCGACGCAGAAAAACAAAGUCAAAUAUUCAAAGCAAAGAGCUCGUUAGAAUGAGAAGAAGACAGAUGAUGUUAUGGGCACAUCUACAUAAAUUUGAAAUAUUUUUAUGUAUUUGCUGUGAGGUUGCUGAUAUUUUGAUGUAGUCUAGAGAACUUCAUGUGACGACAUCGAGUCUAUCUUCGGAAGGUUUGUUACAAUGUUUUAAAGGCAAUGUCGAAAGGGACCAUUCUUUUGAUCAUGUAGCGUUCAAAUGUUUGCCUUUCAGCUUCUGCUAAGAGCAUGCAUCUAGUGAUUUACAGCAAGAGAAAGCACCACGGGUUGACAAACAAAGCUGUUGAAACUUAAGAGCUUCGAUUCACGAAACGGAAUUCGGGUUGAGAAAAAUGCCGCACGCAAAAAACUACUUACAAACAGCGAUUAUUUUUGCAGUUUUUGCCACAGUGUUUUCGAAUUUGACUGACAUUUGUGCAACGCCAAAAAAAUUGGUGAAAGAAGGCGACUUCACAAUAGCUGGUUUAUUUCCACUUCACUUGUACAACGCUGCAUCGGACUCGUACAGCUACAAUCUACAAGCCGCCGUUUGGGCUGAAGCGAUGAUCUUUGCUAUCAAUGAAAUUAAUGAUAAGAAAAUGCUACCAGGAAAUAAGACAUUUGGGUACAAAAUUUAUGAUACUUGCAAUAUGAUAUCGACUGCGCAACUAAGCGUUCUUGAACUGUUUCUUGGUGGGGAUACGAAAAAUGAGCGGGCGGAGACAACUCAGUCAAAAAAACCUGGACGCGAAAAUUAUAGUAACUGCAGUUGCCGCUCCUUUGAACCUUCAGUGGUUUCAGUUAUCGGUGGGGCUUCAUCUAAAAUAUCGUCUGCUGUUUCUACGCUCUUGAGCGUCGACGGUGUGCCGCAAAUCAGUUACUCUUCGACAAGCACAGUCCUGUCGGUCAAAAAAUACCAUCCGAGCUUUCUUCGCACCAUACCACCAGAUAAUUUUCAAGCUAAGUUUAUUGUUGAUGUUUUGAAGCAUUACGGCUGGAAGUAUAUCAACCUUUUAGCAUCGGACGACUCGUAUGGUAGAGUUGGAGUUGACUACUUUCUGCCACAGCUCGCCAACAAUGGGAUGUGCGUAGCGUUAAUGAACACGUUUAAUACAGGCGCGAACUCGCGUGAUAUGGAGAACAUUGUUAAAAGGCUUUCAGACAGCGAAGCAGCAAAUGUUACGGUCCUGUGGUGCGGCAGAACAAGCGCGCGGGCAGUCAUUCGCGCAGCAGCAAAUGUAAAUUUGUACGGGCAAACAUGGAUAGCCACUGAAGGUUGGGCUGGUGACGAAGAGAUCCUUCACAGUGGCCCAAAUGUCAUGGAGGGUCUUUUCGGAGUUAUACCUUUAAUGAAAUUCUAUCCACCAUUCGAAAAUUAUAUAGUUGGAAAGUCGAUUCAAGAUUUAAAAUCAUAUCAGCUGUUCUAUAACGCAGGACAUUGCAAUGGCAGUCGUAGCGAAUCUUCAAGUUCGUGUUUGAGUUCCAGCCCUUUCCAAAACUCCUCCGGUACAUUAAGAAUUAAAAUACCUAAUGUUAUUGAUGCGGUGUACGCUGUUGCUAAUGGGCUAGCUAGAAUCCUGUCUGAGAACCAAAAUAUCUCCAGUCUUGAAAAAACACCAUUACAUUCGAUGUUAUUGGAAGCAAUUAAAAAGCUCAAAUUUGAAGGAUCAACCGGCAUUAAUGUACACUUCAAUCAAAACGGAGAUCCAAAUACUGCUGCUUAUUCACUUGUCAAUACGAGGCAAACUAGAGAUGGCAAACUUGAAUUCCAAAUAGUUGGUCAGUGGGACAGUGAAAGUCGACAGAUCGCGUUUUCCAAUAAGACAAUAGUCUCUUUCGCGCGGAGCAGUUCGAGUGCGCCGCCUUCAAGGUGUGCAGACGAAUGUGGUCCGGGAUAUUAUGCACUGACUGAAACGAACAAAAAGUGUUGUUGGAAAUGCCUAAAGUGUCCCAAAGACACAUACAAGGAUACGCAUGGCAACCAAAAAUGCAAGUCGUGUCCCAAACUGAGUAUUUCAAAUGAAAACAAGACCACUUGCUUAGAGCUGGAAGAGAAGUACCUAAGGUUCAAUUCUCUUCAUGGAAUAGUGAUAAUCGCUUUAUCUGCAAUAGGCUCACUUUUUAGCCUUGGCGGAAUGCUUGUUUUUGUGUUGUUCAAAGACACGCCCCUUGUGCGAUCUUCAAAUCGAGACCUGUCUCUUCUGCAACUAACGAUAUCAACUCUAUCAUUUCUAUAUCCAUUGCUGUUUCUAAUCAAGCCAAAUUUGCUGAUUUGCUACUCAAAACCGCUAAUAUUCGGUGUGCUGUUCGCCAUAUCAAACUCGAUAAUUUUUACAAAAGCAGACAGGUUGCUGCGGAUUUUCAAAAUCAACUACCGAGUAAAACGGCGUAGUGUUAUACUAAUGCUAUCGAACAAGUUUCAGCUGAUGAUUGUGUCUUCGAUGGCCGGGCUAGCUGUUCUCAUAUCUACAAUGUCAUUUGUUUUUGAACCACCCGCGUUAUCUCACGAGAUUAACGAAGAGUCCCGCAGCAUUUUAAUACAAUGUGUCAAUGUUACACUCCCGACCAACUUACUUGUAGGGUAUACUGGUAUGAUAUCGCUGACAUCCAUCUUUUACACCUUUAAAGCAAGAAAUCUUCCGCGGGAAUUCAGGGAAGGUCGCUACAUUGGCUUGGGGAUGUUUGUAAUCUCGCUUACGUGGCUGUUCUAUCUACCAGUUUCAAGCACAACCUCUUUAAAAGAGCUGAUUGAAUUUCCUUUUUGUAUAGCUGUGUUCAUUGCAAACGCAACAAUCUUAUUAGUAGUUUAUGGGCCUAGAACAUGGCGUAUUUUAGCGCACUCUGAUGAGAAUAAUGUCGAGACAUUUCGCAGUCGACUGAUGACUUUUACAAUACAAACGUCAAUGGUUGCCAAAGCCGUUGAAAAGCCUGUCACUCUUAAAGGUUAACAGCUUAUGCACAAACUAGCUGAACUUCUUUUCAACGAAUGUUUUCCUAUUAGAAAUAUGGUAAAAACACUCAAAAUUGACUAUUAGGAAUCUAAUCUUCCAACGUGGUUCAGCAAAAUUCGCAGUGUAGAAAUAAAACAUAGAUAUUGCGUUUAAAACUAUAACAAAAAAGUAAUAAAUAACGUGAACAGGCCACAUCACAAUAAAAAAUAUACCACGCUUUUUGGCAUAAGAACACUUGGCCCAACUUUCAGCCGGGAGUUUCUUGUCUUUUGCAUAAAUUCAGACUAAAAGAAUUUCCUGUGCAUAGUAGUGUUUAGAUAUAUCAAGAUCACAUUAAGAAUUUUUUAAGUUGGUCUUAUUUUUGGGUAAAUCCCAGCCUGAUGUUUCUUAUCAGGAUUCUUCUCAUAAAAAAGCGUGUAAUAAAUUUUAAACAAACUAACUUCUAAAAGCACAAGUAUCAACACAAGGCUUUAAAACUUCUUAUUAUAUCGAUCCAGACUUUGAAAAAAUAACCUCGAUUCAACUUUUCUAAAAUGACAGAAAACACGCCUAGAUAUUUCAGAUAUUCUUAUUAGGUUGACAGUACUUU